AUGAGGGAAAUUGUCCACAUCCAGGCCGGGCAAUGCGGUAACCAGAUCGGAGCUAAGUUUUGGGAAGUGAUCUCUGACGAGCAUGGCAUCGAUCCGACAGGCGCAUACCAAGGGGACUCUGAUUUACAGCUGGAACGCAUCAAUGUCUACUACAACGAGGCCUCAGGUGGCAAGUAUGUGCCGCGUGCCGUGCUAGUCGAUCUCGAGCCCGGCACCAUGGACUCUGUUCGCUCAGGACCCUUCGGACAAAUCUUUCGACCCGACAAUUUCGUUUUUGGCCAAUCAGGAGCAGGCAACAACUGGGCCAAGGGACAUUACACCGAAGGGGCCGAACUGGUAGACUCCGUACUCGACGUGGUAAGGAAAGAAGCAGAAGGCUGCGACUGCUUACAAGGUUUCCAACUUACACAUUCACUAGGUGGCGGCACUGGUUCCGGUAUGGGAACCCUUUUGAUAUCGAAGAUCAGGGAGGAGUAUCCAGAUCGCAUAAUGAACACUUUCUCUGUCGUCCCUAGCCCUAAGGUAUCGGAUACAGUUGUGGAGCCAUACAAUGCUACCCUAUCUGUGCAUCAACUGGUCGAGAACACUGACGAAACUUAUUGCAUAGACAACGAGGCGUUAUAUGACAUCUGUUUCCGAACGUUGAAGUUGACUACGCCUACGUAUGGAGAUUUAAAUCAUUUGGUGUCGGCCACUAUGUCUGGAGUGACGACUUGCCUGCGGUUUCCUGGGCAACUGAACGCGGAUUUGCGUAAGUUGGCGGUUAAUAUGGUGCCGUUUCCGAGGCUACAUUUCUUUAUGCCAGGAUUCGCGCCGUUGACGUCGCGUGGCAGCCAACAGUACCGUGCGCUUUCCGUCCCGGAGCUGACGCAACAGAUGUUUGACGCGAAAAAUAUGAUGGCAGCUUGUGACCCACGUCACGGCCGGUACCUGACAGUGGCCGCCGUUUUCCGCGGUCGCAUGUCCAUGAAGGAAGUGGAUGAGCAGAUGCUCAAUAUACAGAACAAGAACAGUAGUUAUUUUGUCGAAUGGAUCCCGAAUAAUGUGAAGACCGCCGUGUGCGAUAUUCCACCUCGAGGCCUGAAGAUGUCUGCUACGUUUAUAGGAAACACAACAGCGAUACAAGAAUUGUUUAAGAGAAUUUCCGAACAGUUUACGGCGAUGUUCAGGCGGAAGGCUUUCCUCCACUGGUACACAGGUGAGGGUAUGGACGAGAUGGAGUUUACAGAAGCAGAGAGCAAUAUGAAUGACCUGGUAUCAGAGUACCAGCAGUAUCAGGAUGCCACGGCGGACGACGAAGGGGAGUUCGACGAAGAAGUCGAAGAAGAGUGA